AACGUCUACCAAUCCACCAUCUUCUUCGUCGUACCUUUUACCAGUCUGAUCAUCUGUGCACGUGAUUGCUUGUACUUUCUGCUUCUUUCAUUGUACAUUAAAAGAGGCACAGGUCUGCAUCAAAUGGAACUAGGUCGCCCAUAAAGACCGGAGGAAGGAUGUUAUAUUCUACUUGUUAAAUUAUUCGUCUGUGAUGGCUGGACUGGAGGAAUUGAAGAAGAAGCUUGUGCCUUUGUUUGAUGCUGAGAAGGGUUUCUCCCCUGCCUCUACAUCGGAUCCUUUUGAUUCAUACUCUUUAUCCGAUGCUGGAACUGUGAAUUUGUUGAGUCAAUCAUAUGGCGUAUACAACAUCAAUGAGCUGGGGUUGCAAAAGUGUACUUCAUGGCCCGUCGAUGACACAGAUCAUGGUGAAAAGACAUAUAGAUGUGCUUCCCAUGAGAUGAGGGUCUUUGGAGCCAUAGGUAGCGGUGCCAGUAGUGUUGUUCAGAGGGCUAUUCACAUUCCAACUCAUAGAAUUAUUGCCUUGAAGAAGAUUAAUAUUUUUGAGAAGGAGAAAAGGCAGCAACUGCUUACUGAAAUAAGGACAUUGUGCGAGGCACCAUGCUACCAAGGCCUUGUCGAGUUCUAUGGAGCAUUUUAUACUCCAGAUUCUGGGCAGAUAAGCAUUGCUCUAGAGUACAUGGAUGGGGGUUCUCUUGCAGAUAUCAUAAAAGUGAGGAAGUGCAUUCCAGAACCUAUCCUUUCCUCAAUGGUUCAAAAGCUCUUGCAUGGUCUCAGUUAUUUGCACGGAGUUCGGCAUUUAGUUCACAGAGACAUAAAGCCAGCAAAUUUGCUUGUCAAUCUCAAGGGGGAGCCCAAAAUAACUGAUUUUGGCAUUAGUGCUGGCUUAGAAAGCUCAAUUGCUAUGUGUGCUACUUUUGUUGGAACAGUAACUUACAUGUCGCCGGAACGAAUACGGAAUGAGAAUUACUCUUACCCAGCUGACAUUUGGAGUCUUGGGCUUGCACUGUUUGAGUGUGGUACAGGUGAAUUUCCGUAUACAGCUAAUGAAGGGCCUGUCAAUCUCAUGUUGCAGAUCCUAGAUGAUCCAUCUCCUUCACUGUCAAAGCACAAUUUUUCACCAGAAUUCUGCUCAUUCGUUGAUGCUUGCCUCAAAAAAAAUCCUGAUGACAGGCCGACAGCAGAGCAGCUUCUUUCACAUCCAUUUAUUACCAAGUAUAGUGAUUCUGCAGUGGACUUGGGUGCUUUUGUCAGAGGUAUUUUUGAUCCUACACAGAGGAUGAAGGAGCUGGCAGAUAUGCUGGCGAUACAUUACUAUUUACUUUUUGAUGGACCCUAUGAAUUUUGGCAGCACACCAAGACAUUAUAUAAUGAAUGCUCCACUUUCAGUUUUGGCGGGAAAGAAUCCAUUGGUUCCAGCAAUAUUUUCUCAACCUUGUCCGACAUACGGAAGACAUUAGCUGGUGAAUGGCCUCCAGAAAAGCUUGUCCACGUUGUAGAGAAACUUCAAUGUCGUGCUAAUGGUCAAGACGGAGUAGCAAUUCGUGUCUCUGGAUCUUUUAUAGUUGGGAAUCAGUUCCUCAUUUGUGGAGAUGGUAUGCAAGUUGAGGGUCUACCAAACUUAAAAGAUCUCUCUAUCGAUAUACCAAGCAAACGAAUGGGGACCUUUCAUGAGCAGUUUAUUGUAGAGCAGGCAAACAUCGGUCGUUAUUUCAUAAUUAAGCAAGAACUUUACAUUACUCAAUAGAACUCUUCAUGAGAUCAUGAAUGUAUUAUAGUUAAGUGUUCCUAUAAAUGAAAACGUUGAGAAUCACCUAAAAGUUCAUUAGGUGUGUGCAAUCUGUGCUAUUAAAAGAUGGCUUUUCAUUUAUUUUUAACCCUUUUCUGUUUUGUUAAAACCAAAUUGACACAAGAUGUUCAGACUGUUGCCUCUUGUGAACAAUAUAAUUCGUGAACUACAUUAAAGCA